CAGCCGCCGGAAGCCUCGCCCGGGAUCGCAGCUGUGGGGAAGCAAGCAGCAAGCUGGAGGAACAGCCGCCGCCGCCGCCAGAGCAGGAAUCUCCUGGACCUUCCCUGAUGGAGGAUCUCCAUGAAGCAAAUGGCAGGUUUGCCAUCAACUUAUUAAAAAUGUUGGGUGAAGAGGACAGCUCCCGAAAUGUGUUCUUCUCCCCUCUGAGCAUCUCUUCUGCCCUGGCCAUGGUCUUCAUGGGGGCCAAAGGAAACACCGCCACCCAGAUGUCCCAGGCGCUUUGUUUGAACAGAGACGGAGAUAUUCACCAAGGUUUCCGGUCACUUCUCACGGAGGUUAACAAAUCUGGCACUCAGUACUUGCUCAGAACUGCCAACAGACUCUUUGGAGAGAAGACAUGUGAUUUCCUUCCUGCCUUUAGGGAAUCCUGCCAGAAGUUCUACGAGGCCGAGCUGGAAGAGCUGUCCUUUGCUGAAGACACGGAAGAAUGCCGGAGACACAUAAAUGACUGGGUGACGGAGAGGACGGAGGGUAAGAUUUCAGAGAUCCUGGGUGCUGGGACAGUUGAUCCACUGACUAAGCUGGUUCUCGUGAAUGCCAUCUAUUUCAAAGGAAAGUGGAAUGAGCAGUUUGACAGAAAGUACACAAGGGGGAUGCCCUUCAGAAUCAACCAGGAGAAAAAGACCGUGCAGAUGAUGUUUAAGCUCGCUAAAUUUAACCUGGGUUAUGCGGAUGAGGUGCACGCUCAGGUGCUGGAGCUGCCGUACGCGGGGCAGGAGCUGAGCAUGGUCAUCGUGCUUCCGGAUGACAACGCCGAUCUCGCCGUGGUGGAAAAAGCACUAACAUACGAGAAGUUCAGAACCUGGACAAAUCCAGAAAAGAUGACUAAGGAUAAAGUUCAAGUUUUCCUUCCCCGAUUGAAGCUGGAGGAGAGUUAUGACUUGGAGUCUUUUCUUCGAAGUUUAGGUAUGACUGAUGCGUUUGAGGAAGCCAAGGCAGACUUUUCUGGAAUGUCGGUGAAGAAGAAUGUGCCCGUGUCCAAGGUGGCACACAAGUGCUUUGUAGAGGUGAAUGAAGAGGGCACUGAGGCGGCGGGGGCCACAGCCGUGGUCAGGAAUGCUCGGUGCAGCAGACCUGAACCAAGAUUUUGUGCAGACCACCCUUUCCUUUUCUUUAUCACACACCACAACACCAAGAGCAUUUUGUUCUGUGGCAGGUUCUGCUCCCCAUAA